AUGGCUUCUUUCGAAGAUUUGUACAACAUCCAUUACGAACACUUAGAAGAAAGCUUAUACAGAUUCUUUGCCUAUUUCCCCAGACCCGACAUCCUCCGUCCCCAUACUUCGAAAAACCCAUAUCAUAUCUAUUUGCACAAAGACGACCUCGAAGAACUCCAGCGUUAUGAAAUAAGUCAAUUGGGUGGAUCGAUUGAGUUGAGGUAUAUUGCACGAACUUAUCGACGUGUUCUCACUGAAUACAUGGAAUUUAUGUCGCACCUGAAGAAGUACUUUAUGGGCACCAUUUCACCGGCAGAUGCGUUCGCCACGUGGAAAUUGAAGGGCCUCAGUCUCGACAAGCGUAUAAUAAUACGAAGCAGUGGAAUGCGUCAUACUGUAGAAUUAUAUGAAAAUCAGCUAUCGAGUAAACGCUUCCUUAUAUACGGAUGGUCCAUGUUACGGUAUCUGGACGAACACGAUAUAUACCAGCCGUAUAAAAGAAAUUCUCGACUCCUCGAAGCUGUCAGAAAGCACGUGAUCCAGAACCCAUUCCCGGAGGAAACCUCGUUAUACGAGCAACUGGAAGUGAUCGUAGAAGAUCUGAGCGAUGGAAAUUUGGAAGAUUGUGGGCCAUGCACCUUACACCGGCUGGACAAGAUCCAAAUUCUCGAACUGCUGAAUUCACUGGCUGGGGGAACAAAGAUAGACCUAGAGUGCGACCGGUCUAUUAUGGUAAUAGAGAAAUUUUUGCGUGGUGCAUCUGAACCCGUCUACAACAUGUAA